GCGAAUGUUUUGCUUAAAGGAUGAGUAUUCGGUGGGAAGACCACGAAUAACAGCAUUCACCACAUCACGUUCAGGGAUCUCUUCUUUCAAGGCAUCGAGAUCCGAGAGAAUAGUUGCCACAUCAUCAAGGUAUUGUGUCAUAGUUUUGGUACCUUUACGAAGAGUGUGGAGUUUGUCCCGAAGCUGAUAAACAUGAGCGGUGGACACGGAGUUGUACCGUGCGGCCAAAGCAUCCCAGAGGGCAGCAGAUGUGGUGAAGCCGCGAGCAUGUUUGUGAACGGAGGGGCUGAUGACCGCUAGGAGGCAGGCGCGGAUCUGUGUGUCAAUGAUGGUCCAGGAGGGACCUAAAGUGCAAGCAUUGAGGACAAACAUGACAUGUGAUCAGCAGAUGUUUCCAGCUUAUUGGCUUUUGUCAAUGGUGGGGAGACAAACCCUGGAACCAGAACAUAGAGGGAGGCCGCAACACGACAGCACACCAAAGGAGCCCUCUUCUUACAUCAAACCCAGUUUGCUAUUGAAAUCCUUGAAUGUGCGAGAAUGCUCUCUUUCAAGCCCAUCUCUACGCCUAUUGACACAAAAGGCAAGCUACCUGCCAAUUCUGGGCGCCCUAGUUGACGACCCCUCUCUCUACCGAUCCACUGCCGGAGCUCUAGAGUAUCUCACAUUCACCCGCCCUAAUCUCACAUAUGCUUUCCAGCAGCUCUUCAUCCAUCUCCAUUGCCCGAGGACCACACACCUUACUGCCUUAAAACGCGUCCUUCACUUCCUCCAUGGCACAGUAACUCACGAAAUCACCCUCUCCCGGUCGACCACUGACUCACUUCAGGACUGUUCUGAUGUGGAUUGGGCAGGCGACUACAAACCUCCUCCCAUUGCCGACCGCCGCUUGGAAGUUGGAACUCACGACGACGACGAGAACCCCCAAGGCCCCAAUUACUCGAACAACCAGUUCGACACAUCCCACUCCUGCACCAGAUCUCCAGAGUCCAGACCUAAAAUUGGAAGUUGAGACUGGCCAUCCGCUCGCCUAAGGCGACUACAAACCUCCUCCCAUUGCCGACCGCCGCUUGGAAGUUGGAACUCACGACGGCGACGAGAACCCCCAAGGCCCCAAUUACUCGAACAACCAGGUUUUUUCUCUUAAAUCUAAUUAUCUAAAUUGGAUAUUUUUAUUUUAUUUGUAAAUUGUGAUAAUUUUAAUUAAUUUUUAUAAAUUUGUUAUUCUAAAUAACAAAAUAGAGAAUUGAAUUCGUUUAUUUAUUUUGUAAGAUUUUGAUUUGUGAUUUGUGAAUAUGUUAAUAUAAUUAGGUUAUGUAC